GGGAGAGAGAGAGAGAGAGAAGUGAGGUGAAGACCGAGAAGGCAUCGGAGAGCCCCCCAAUCCCGCGCCGAGGCGGCGGCGGCGGCGGCGCGACGAAGACGAUGAUGAACACAUUGCAAAGUUUUUUUGGCCCCGGCGAGGGGUGUCAGAUUGAGUGCUCUGUGCGCAUGUGCGAAGGUGUCCAAACUGACAAUGCUAGGGAGAUGAAGAUAGUGUGUAGCUGCUUCUGGGCUCAAGGAGGAGGAGAGAGAUUCCGCGAGCCGACACCAUGCGAUCCAAGGCGAGGGCGAGGAAGCUAGCCAAAAGUGACGGUGACGUUGUAAAUAAUAUGUAUGAAGCCGACCCGGACCUGCUGGCCGGCCAGAGUGCUGAGGAGGAGACCGAGGACAGCAUCUUGUCCCCCAUCCCUAUGGGGCCGCCGUCCCCCUUCCCCACCAGCGAGGACUUCACCCCUAAGGAGGGCUCGCCCUACGAGGCUCCUGUCUACAUUCCUGAAGACAUUCCGAUCCCACCAGACUUCGAGUUGCGGGAAUCCUCCAUCCCAGGAGCUGGUCUGGGGAUCUGGGCCAAGCGGAAGAUGGAAAUUGGGGAGAGGCUUGGCCCCUAUGUGGUGGCGCCCCGGGCCGCACUGAAGGAGGCUGACUUUGGAUGGGAGCAGAUGCUGACGGAUACAGAGGUGUCAUCCCAGGAGAGCUGCAUCAAAAAGCAGAUCUCUGAAGACUUGGGCAGCGAGAAGUUCUGCGUGGAUGCCAAUCAGGCCGGGGCUGGCAGCUGGCUCAAGUACAUCCGUGUAGCCUGUUCCUGUGAUGACCAAAACCUCACCAUGUGUCAGAUCAACGAGCAGAUUUACUACAAAGUCAUUAAGGACGUUGAGCCUGGAGAAGAGCUUCUGGUGCAUGUGAAAGAGGGUACCUACUCCCUGGGUGUCAUGGCGCCCAGCCUGGAUGAGGAUCCCACAUUCCGCUGUGACGAGUGUGAUGAGCUCUUCCAGUGCAAGCUGGACCUGAGGCGCCACAAGAAGUAUGCGUGCAGCUCUGCGGGGGCCCCGCUGUACGAGGGCCUCGGGGAAGAGCUCAAGCCCGAGGGGCUCAGCGGGGGCAGCGAUGGGCAAGCUCAUGAGUGCAAGGACUGCGAGAGGAUGUUCCCCAACAAGUACAGCUUGGAGCAGCACAUGAUUGUCCAUACGGAGGAGCGUGAGUACAAAUGCGACCAGUGCCCCAAAGCCUUCAACUGGAAAUCCAACCUCAUCCGCCACCAGAUGUCCCACGACAGCGGCAAGCGCUUCGAAUGUGAAAACUGCGUUAAGGUGUUCACGGACCCCAGCAACCUCCAACGUCACAUCCGCUCACAGCACGUCGGUGCCCGGGCCCAUGCCUGCCCCGACUGCGGCAAGACCUUCGCCACAUCCAGUGGCCUCAAGCAGCACAAGCAUAUCCACAGCACAGUGAAGCCAUUCAUAUGUGAGGUCUGCCACAAGUCGUACACGCAGUUCUCCAACCUGUGCCGGCACAAGCGGAUGCACGCGGACUGCCGGACGCAGAUCAAGUGCAAGGACUGCGGGCAGAUGUUCAGCACUACGUCCUCCCUCAACAAGCACCGGCGCUUCUGCGAGGGCAAGAACCAUUACACGCCGGGAGGCAUCUUCACCCCAGGCCUGCCCUUGACCCCCAGCCCCAUGAUGGACAAGACGAAACCCUCCCCCACCCUCAACCAUGGGGGCCUGGGCUUCAACGAGUACUUCCCCUCCAGACCUCAUCCUGGGAGCCUCCCCUUCUCAGCCGCCCCUCCAGCCUUCCCCACACUGACUCCGGGCUUCCCGGGCAUCUUUCCUCCGUCCUUGUACCCACGACCGCCGCUGCUACCUCCCACACCGCUGCUCAAGAGCCCCCUGAACCACGCACAGGACGCCAAGCUCCCCAGCCCGCUGGGAAAUCCGGCCCUGCCCCUUGUCUCUGCGGUCAGCAACAGUAGCCAGGGCGCCACGGCGGCCACGGGGCCCGAGGAGAAGUUCGACGGCCGCUUGGAAGAUACGUACGUAGAGAAGGUCAAGACCAGGAGCCCUGACAUGUCGGAUGGUAGUGACUUCGAGGAUAUCAACACCACGACGGGGACAGACCUGGACACCACCACGGGCACCGGCUCGGACCUGGACAGUGACGCGGACAGUGACCGAGACAAGGGCAAGGACAAGGCCAAGCCGGCCGAGAGCAAGCCUGGGUUUGGGGAUGGAUCGGCGCCCCCGGGGGCCAUGAACAGUGUGGCCGAGGUGCCAGCCUUCUACUCCCAGCACUCCUUCUUCCCCGCACCCGAGGAACAACUACUGACGGCCUCGGGGGCUGCCGGCGACUCCAUCAAGGCCAUCGCCUCCAUCGCCGAGAAGUACUUCGGCCCUGGCUUCAUGAGCAUGCAGGAGAAGAAGCUGGGCUCGCUCCCUUACCACUCCGUGUUCCCCUUCCAGUUUCUGCCCAACUUCCCCCACUCUCUCUACCCCUUCACGGACCGAGCCCUCGCCCAUAACUUGCUGGUCAAGGCCGAGCCAAAGUCACCCCGGGAUGCCCUCAAGGUGGGCGGCCCCAGCGCAGAGUGCCCCUUCGACCUCACCACCAAACCAAAAGAGGCCAAGCCUGCCCUGCUCACAUCCAAGGUUCCCCUGGUCCCCUCGUCUGGAGAGGAGCAGCCGCUGGACCUGAGCAUCGGCAGCAGGGCCCGAGCGAGCCAGAACGGAGGCAGCCGGGAACCAAGGAAGAACCACGUCUACGGCGAACGGAAGCCAGGGGUUGGCGAGGGGCUGCCUAAGGUGUGCCCAGCACAGUUGCCCCAGCAGCCGUCCCUGCACUAUGCCAAGCCCUCACCCUUCUUCAUGGAUCCCAUCUACAGCAGGGUAGAAAAGCGGAAGGUGACGGACCCUGUGGGAGUCCUGAAAGAGAAGUACCUGAGGCCGUCCUCACUACUGUUCCACCCCCAGAUGUCAGCCAUAGAAACCAUGACGGAGAAGCUGGAGAGUUUUGCAGCCAUGAAGGCCGACUCCGGCAGCUCCCUGCAGCCCCUGCCUCACCACCCCUUCAACUUCCGGUCCCCACCCCCAACGCUCUCGGAUCCCAUCCUCAGAAAGGGCAAGGAGAGAUACACAUGCAGGUACUGUGGCAAGAUCUUCCCCAGAUCUGCGAAUCUCACAAGACAUCUGAGGACACACACUGGGGAACAGCCUUACAGGUGCAAGUACUGCGAUCGGUCGUUCAGCAUCUCCUCCAACCUCCAGCGGCACGUGAGGAACAUCCACAACAAGGAGAAGCCGUUCAAAUGCCACCUGUGCAACCGCUGCUUCGGGCAGCAGACCAACCUGGACCGGCACCUGAAGAAACACGAGCACGAGGGUGCACCAGUGAGCCAGCACUCUGGGGUUCUCACAAACCACCUGGGCACCGGCGCCUCCUCCCCCACCUCCGAGUCGGACAACCAUGCACUUUUAGACGAGAAGGAAGAUUCCUACUUCUCUGAGAUCCGAAACUUUAUCGCCAACAGCGAGAUGAACCAGGCGUCUACUCGGAUGGACAAACGGCCUGAGACCCAAGACCUGGACAGCAACCCCCCAUGUCCGGGCUCAGCCGGCGCAAAGCGGGAGGAUGUGGAGGAGGAGGAAGAGGAGGACCUGGAGGAAGAGGAUGAUGACAGCUUAGCCGGGAAGUCACAGGAAGACACUGUGUCCCCCACACCUGAGCCCCAAGGAGUCUAUGAGGACGAGGAGGAUGAGGAACCACCCAACUCCCUAACCAUGGGCUUCGACCACACCCGAAGGUGUGUUGAGGAGCGAGCAGGCGGUCUGUUAGCUUUGGAGCCGACGCCAACCUUUGGGAAGGGGCUGGAUCUCCGCAGAGCAGCUGAGGAAGCAUUUGAAGUUAAAGAUGUGCUUAAUUCCACCUUAGAUUCUGAGGCUUUAAAACAGACCCUGUACAGGCAGGCUAAGAACCAGGCGUAUGCAAUGAUGCUGUCCCUCUCCGAGGACGCCGCUCUCCACGCCCCCUCCCAGAGUUCACUGGAUGCUUGGUUAAACAUCACAGGAGCCUCAUCAGAGUCCGGAGCCUUUAACCCCAUCAACCACCUCUGAGGUCCUGGAGGCCCCAGAGCUGGAGUCCAAAGCCAGGGAGGGUACCAGCUGCGGGAGACAGAGAAGGGGCCAGGGAGAGGCUCCUGACAUCUUCAUUCUGCCUCAACCGGCUUCCAGCCCCACCCACCAUGGCUCAAGUCCAGCUUCUCCCAUGAAACUCGGAACCUGAAGGCCCCUCAUGUAGCCGCUGACCCUCGCCACCCCUUAGAACUGGCCUCGAGGACAUGGUCUGCAGUGGUGCAGUGCACGGCCACCCGGGAGCCGUCUGUCAGAUGACCAGUGGGCAGGGGUGGGCUCUAUAUCCCAAAAGGAGCCAGUUGGCCACAUCUGGGCAGCUGCAUGGUAUGAAGAAAGGGGUGGGGGGAGAGAACGGAAACGAGUGGGCAUGUGCUACGGAGAGAGACCUCGCAAAAAUGAUUUUUAUAAUGAAAAUUACACGAAUAACCCUUUUGGUAAUCUUAUUGACCAGAGAGUCUAUUUAAGCAUGUGGGUUUUAAAAAUAGACAGUAUUUUUUAAAAAAAGAAAAUCAAAAAUGACUUGCAAAAUGUUUUUUUUUAAAGUAAUUUUGCAUUGCUUUGAAAUCUCAGCAAGCCCACACCUACCAGGACGUCGAGCACUGCUCGGGUGUGUCCUUUAUAAUGUAGAUAAUGGAGAAUUUUCUAUCCCCGACCCUGUUUGUUUGUACAAGCCAAGGUGAUUCUGGGUGUCCCUGACACAGGAUAAGGGGCAUGGAGCCGUCUGAAUAGCAUGCUGACUACGCAGGAAUUCUUGGUCAUGGUGCCUGUCUGCAGGUUUGUGGAGGCCUGGUCAGGGAGGUUGUCGUCUCGCCCCAUGAGGCCUGCAGAGCAAUCCACCGGCCCCCACUCCAAGACCCCCCAAUUGUAUGGGGAAGUCGGGAGCCGGUGACUCGGGUCUUCCAUGCUGGACACCUAGUGGUCUUUCCCCUUCACAACCAACCCCAGUGCUGGACCUGACUGCUGCUCUUCCGAAGGCAGGGCUCUGUCUGACCUUCAGCCUUCCACUCUUCCGCCAACCCUGGCGGUCUGAUGCCCUCCCCAUGGCCACUGAGUGUGGGGAGCUCACCCACCUGCUCCACCACUCCAGGACGCCAAGCACUGCCUGUGCCUAAGACUCCAGAUCCACCAACCGCAUAGCCACCACAUCUGUUCUUUGUGUGCGUUCCUGGUGAGGAGCAAAGGAGGAUCCAGGGAACCUGCCACAGCAAAGAGCAGAGGCAGCACAGCCCCUGGGACCAGAUGCCUUGCUCCCUUGGGACGGUCAUGAUGUGUCUACUUCUCUGCUUAGAUGGGCUUUAAAUUAUUCCUACAGGGGCCAACUUCAUAUAAUGUCUUUCUCUGAUGGAAUUUACCUUAAUCUGUAUAUAACUUGUAGUUUUUUUUCUAAUUCAUUUCUUUCCUUAUUUUAUUUCCUCCUUAACAGUAUUUUGGCAUUGGACAACUUAUACUGAAGAAAUGAUGUUAAUAUAAGUAUGUAGUGAAGGACCAAAACUGUGUGAUGAGGUUGUGUGCUGUGCGAUCGGUAACCAGGGAGUGGGGGGGGCGGUUGUUAAUGUGCCAAAUACCCCCGCGCCCCUCCCUCGAGGAGUCCUGCCGACACCAUUGCCCAUUUACCAGACAAUCGUAUGAUUUUGUUAAAUUUGAAUUUUUAAGACAAGCGUUCUAUUUAUUUUAUUGUUUUGAAGGAGAGAGAGAGAAAAAAAGAAUAACCCAACAAGAAAAGAGGAAGGGAAAUCCUUCUUCCUGGAUUUUUUUCCCUUUUAAAAAAGUGAGAGUGGUGUCGGUGCCAACAGCCAUAGGCUCAAGUCUGUCACACUACGGGCAUGUCAGUGAUUCUCUCUGGGGGGCAACCUAACAUCCGAGCAGGUGCGCGCUCAUGGAUUCUGUGGCUGUUCUGGGGCAAAGACAAUCAUCUCUGCUGUGUGGUCCGGGCUAUGCUGGAGGCUGGACUGCUGGGGACAUCCCUGAAGAUACUGCGACGCUGCAGGUUACAGAGGAUAGCCCUGCGUGGCGUGUGUUGUUGUGCGCGUGCGAGCAGACACGCGGUCACGUGCGUGGGCCGGCAGGCUGGGGCAGCGGGACACGCCUCGGAGGAACUUGCCGUGGCUGGGAGUUGUGAGGAUUCAUGGGUCCCAACCACGCACACUUUCUCACAGGUUCAUGGCGUCCUCUCGAGUGGUGGGCUAGGCCUCGGCUUAGGGGUUCCAGUUUCCUCUAGGUUGGAGCUAGGAGGGGACCCCUCCGUAAGUUCCACCUCUGAUAUACGUAUGCCCCGCUUUUGUAAGCCCCAAGUUACAUACUUUCUUCUGAGAAAGAGUAAGAUGUGUGCUUUUGUCCCCCCCCCCCCCCCUGCGAUGUGGCUUUGCCUCUCCGAAGUGGGGAGUCUAUCUGGAUAGAGACUUCUAUGAAUCUUGACAACAGCCGAGCGGCUAAAGGCUUUCCUUGUUGUCCUCUUUGGCACUCCUGACCCCUGACCUCCUUCUCUAUCCACUCUUUCCCCUUCUCAAGACCGUCUCAGCUGUGCUAAGUCAUAUGUCAUUUGCCCACACCCCUCCCCCCCCCAAAAAGUGAGGCUAGCAAACCCAGGUUCUCUUGAACAGUCACCCACCCCUCGGGCCCAGCACUUGAAGGACUCUGUCCUUCACCCCCUGACAGAGACAGCGCUUAUCCCCAGCUUACCUGCACUGCAUCCCCCAACACGCUGCCUCCAUACCGCAUUGCACCCAAACAGUAAGCUCUGCCUGCCUGACAUCGCUGCACUCUUGCAUGGCCCAUCUGGCUCAAGCCAAGCGUCGGGAAGCACAGGAGACCCUCUCAGGGUCAGGGAGCUGGACCAGGUGUGAGUUCUAAGAUCCUGGCUGCUGGAGAACCAAACGGUAGCAGGGCUCCGUUGUCCUGUCGCCGCCUGCAGCAUGGAACGGCAGGACAGGUGUCCAGCCAGACUGUUUCCCUGAUGCUAUACCUCCAGUUGUUGGCACUUGCCUCCCCAGGUAGAAAUUCCGUAAGGAGGGCCUCCUAGCCUGCAUCCCCUCCAGCCCCUGGCAAGGCCACACUCUUCCCCUGUUACUUCUGCCUUUUUUUUUUUUGGAAGAUCGGGUAGGAAACAUGGGGGUUCACCAUCCUGUGGGCGAAGGGAGACACCGAGCAUCCCCAUGCAAACCCAGGAAUGGGCAAGCAGUACCACAUGGCUGAGCCCGCCCAGGCUGAGGGGCCCUGCUUUGUAAGACCAGGAGAGCAGGUGACCUACCCAGACCCCGACUGACCUAACCCCUCUGCCUCUCAGAGUCCAGACUCACAGAGCCCUUGCCUUCCUCUGCCUCGUCUGCUUCCCCAGUGAGUGAGUGAGUGAAGUACCUUCGUAAAGACGUGUCACGUGU